UCUGGUUCCCGUCUCCGCGGCUUGAACGCUAUAAAAUUACAGUUGAAGCGACUGAGGGCGGGAAUUAGAUGGCAAAUCGAAAGCAAAGAUGGCGAUGGCAUUGUAUCUCGAGCAGUAUUUAGACAGUAUAGAGAAUCUACCUUUUGAACUGCAGAGAAAUUUCACCUUAAUGAGGGAUUUAGACCAACGAUCACAAGAUCUAUCAAAGGAAAUUGAUGGAAUGACAAAGGAGUAUAUAGCAGGUGUGAAGACAAUGUCACCAAGUAAACGCAAUGACCUCUUGGAGAAAAUUGAUGAUGCAUUUUCGAAAAGUCGUGAAUUUGGCGAUGACAAAGUUCAGCUAGCGAUGCAGACCUACGAAAUGGUUGAUAAGCAUAUUCGGAGACUCGAUUCAGACCUUGCGCGCUUUGAGAUGGAGUUAAAAGAACGACAAAUGGAACAAGCUCCCGAUCACAUUGAUAGCUCUGCAGACAAGAAUAAGAAAGGGGGAAGAAAAAAGGAGAAGAAAAAACUGAAGAAAGGGUCAAUAUCAGAUGAUGAAAUUCCAAAAACUUCAAAAAAGAGAACAAAGAUGCAUGUAGUUGAACCAGUAACACCGAUUCUGACUCUUCCAUCUGUAAUCACUACCCCCUCCGAUGUCCUUGACAUGCCAGUAGAUCCAAAUGAACCAACAUAUUGUUUAUGUCAUCAAGUAUCGUAUGGAGAAAUGAUAGGAUGUGAUAAUCCUGAUUGCCCAAUUGAGUGGUUCCAUUUUGCAUGUGUAGGACUUACAACAAAACCCAAAGGAAAAUGGUUUUGUCCACGUUGUACACCAGAGAAAAAGAAGAAAUAACAAAUAGUUGAGAACAACACCCCCUCCCCCCCCCAGUCCUAAAUAUGAAUUUACAGAGGAUAGAAAAAUGCAAAUCGUUGCUCAAGAUAUUUUUUUAAAAAUAUGGAGUGACCAAAUAGGAUAAUCCUUUGUCUGCAUAUUAAAUUUUUAAGAAUAUUUCUGAUUGGCUCUCUUAUAUAUAAUCUUGUGCUGAUUUUGCUUCCCGCUUCAUAUAUAUUAAUUUUUAGCUAAUUCCGUAAAUUUUUGUUAAAAUAUUUAUGUACUGUAUACCUAUGUCUUACAUUUCAAUGUUUAUUGUUGAUGUUUACAUACAUAUGUUUUGUUGAACUAUUGUAAAUAUAUACUGUCACAAAAACCUAACAAACUUUAAGAAAAACAAUAAUAGGUUUGCUUACUAUAUAUAUUAGGUAUGUUAUUAACUUUCAAUGGAAAAAUUAGAAUGAGAAAAAUAUAACUUUCACAAAUUAAAGGUCAUUUUAUUAAUAAUACUGUUUAAGUGAGCAUCUGGCAAAAGGUUCCCAGUUAUCUGUAAAUUAUAAAAAAUAAAAAACUUGCGUUUCUUAUUGAAAUAAUUCAAAUUAAUAAUUAAUUAACAAACUAAUAACUAGUGUAAUUUUUCUAAACGACCAAUUAUAAAUUUCUUAAUUUUUGAGGUUUUUUACUUUUGGGUGUCAGUAUUAUUUUAGUAUUUAGUCUUUUUAUUUCAAGUCGAUGUUCACGAAUCUAUAGGCAACAACAAAAAUCAAUGAAGUACUGUACUGUACUUAAUAUUUUAUUUUUUAUUGUACAAUGGAUUGAAUGUUUGUUGGGAAUGUAAAAUUGGUAUUUUUAAUGCAGAGGCAUGGCUAUGAGCACUGACUACUAAAAGGCAGGGCCCCAGAUCUUAAAGGGCCUGGGAUAUUAAUUGGUACUUAUUUUUUUGCCAAAAACCAUGGGCCUAAAAUUCCCCAAGUGGAUCCCUUACGAACAAAUAUUGUAGUAAUAUAUUCACCAUGAAAACUUCACUAGGCUGUCUGAAUUGACCUUCAUAAAGCCCGAAUGAAUAAGCUUUAUCCAGGGAGCUGUAUGUCUCUUCGUUAUUCCACUCAUAUUUAGUGGCAAGGUGAGACUUAUUGAUACCUUGUUUCCAAAGUUAUUAUGGUUUUGCCAAAAACAUCCAGAUGGAAUGGGAUGGUUAAAUACUUUUUAUUUAUAUAAUUAGAAAGAAAUGCAUAUCUUAUUGUGGAGAUUUCAAGGCACUGGCGGGCGUAACCAAAAUAAAGAAAAACCUUUCCAUUUUUUAUGGCCGCGGAUGCACUAAUUGGCCAAAAGUAAAUUUUAUUUUCAUUCAAAAUUAUCAUUAUUGGUGGGCAGCGGCGGGUUCGCUAAACAAGGUAUAAAGAAGUCUUCGCUAACAUGUAUUAUGUAUGCCAUCAAUUUACUGAUAUAUUUUUUUUUUUUAAAUGAACAUCAAAACAAGUAGACCAGGAAAACCCAGGUCCCCAGAAUUAAUCUUCAAUAAGAGAAGAUUUGUACAAAGGUUGAUACAUUCGAAACUAAUAUGGUGUCUGAUUUUCUUAUACAUUGUUAAUCAUUAAUCUAAUAUUGUAUUACUUACUAGUAUGAAUUUAUAACAAUAUUGUUGCUUAUUCAGAAUACUGUAUUGCCAAGCAAAUUUUGUCAACAAUGUCAUGUCAAAUGUAAGCACUGUAAAUAAAUGUUUUUAUUAGUACAGUAA